AUGAAUGAGAGUAAGAAGGAAAAAAAAAAAAAGUACCCUUCUGUCAUUGAAUCGUCCUUUAUUUACACUUUUACAUUUGAAUAUAAUUUAAUUGUAAAAUACGUAAAUGUUGAUAUUGCUAAACAAUCUGUCACUGUUAAAAUCAUGUUAGAAGAUUUGGGUAGGGAUAUGGAUGAAGAUGAACCUGUUCCACUACCUAAUGUUAAUGCUGCUAUAUUAAAGAAGGUAAUUCAAUGGUGUACCUUCCAUCGGGAUGACCCUCCACCACCUGAAGAUGAUAAAAACAAAGAAAAAAGAACAGAUGAUGUUUGCUUCUGGGAUCCAGCAUUUCUUAAAGUUGACCAGGGCACUUUGUUUGGGUUGAUUUUGGCUGCCAACUACUUAGAUAUCAAAGGCUUGCUUGGUGUAAUAAACUAUUAG